UACUGGAGUGGUGUGGAUUAUUGUGAUUUUUUUAUCAGCUGUUUGGACUCUCAUUCUGACGGCACCCAUUCACUGCAGGGCAUCCAUCUGUGAGCAAGUGAUACAAUGCUACAUUUCUCCAAAUCUGAUGAAGAAUGAAGAUCUUUGAUGACCUGAGGGUAAAUUUUCAGGGUAAAUUUUUCGUUGAACCAUUUUUUUAAAGGGAGAGUUCAUCCCAUACGUGAUUGUUCCGUUAAUGUUUAUUCCCCCUCAGGUCAUUCUAAAUCUCUUUUUCUCUCCAGAAAUCACCAUGAAAGUAGUUCAUAUGACUUGUGCACUGUAUUCAAAAAAGGACAGGAGGUUGUGUCACAUCCACAACUAGGACAUCACUAAAUCAGAUUGUGACUACUGGAUCCUUCAACUGUUAUUGGUUUCAUGGAAUCCCGACCUACUUUCCUUCAUCCCCCUGAAAAUAAUGAGCCCAAGGUAUGCUGGGAAUCUGAGUCCCAGCACAGAAAGGGAAACCACUCUUCUGGAACCAGGACAAGACUUGUAAAGAAUCAUGGGAUUGAAGUACAAGCUAAAGAGACGGAGGAGAGAUCCACCUCCAGGGAAUCCGCCGGCCAUGUAAAAAAACUAAAACACAAUGCAUUAGCCACCACUGCCAUUCAAGCCGCAGAACUGCUCUCUGCAUCCUCAGCUGCAUCAAAAAUACCCACCAUGCACUUAGCGUCAACCAAGCAGGUCACUGCGGGAAUAGCCAGUGCAACUGCUAUGACUAAAACAGCAUCUAAAAAAACAACCAAAACAACUGCAGUUGGAGUGGAGGUCUUAAGUUUAUCCGGCCAAACUGCACCCAGUGGGAGAAAACCAAGAUCCCCAAAUGUGAGCCAUGAGAAGAAGCUACAAGCGAGUGCAAAAGCAUUUCCCAGUAACAUGCAAAAAACUGCCUCAGCAUCUCAUAUCAUGGGCUCCACAGACUUCCCCAAAACGACGCUUCAAAAAACAUCAUCCACUUCCCAGAUUUCCUCAACCGACUCUCCCAAGAGUCUCAACCGGACUCUCUCACACAUUCCCAGAGCAACGUCCAGCCCCAAACUUAAACCACCCCAUCCCGCAUCUCUUAAAAUGGAUAAAACCGAGCGGAAUAGAAGAGUCACGAGCAAAGAGGGACAGCUGUCGACGACUUCUCCAAAAGAUAAAAUGACUGACACGUUGGUGGAGAGCAACCUGCAACUGGGGACAAAAGCAGCAAUGGGGGAGAGUCCUCAGGAGCAAGAGAUAAAGAGUGGGAAUGAGAGAGAUAAAAAAGACACAGUCCUUCAGGGACACAGUCUUGGAGGAAGUGACGUCAUCUCGAACUUGAAAGGUUGCAAAGAAAUGUCUUCUCUGUCAUUGUAUCGUGCCGAAAACCUGAAAGAGCCAGAAGACAAAACUGACGCAUAUGUCAAGACCCAAGAGAGACACACAGGAAAGAGUCAGAGGCUCUGGGAGAAGAAGGGAAGGGAGGAAGCAGAGUGCGAGGAGAGGAGGAACACAAGAGAGAGAAAGGGGGAAGCUGAGGUUAAGAAUGUCAAAAUGGCGAUUGAGGUCAAGAAGGAUACUGUAAAGAUUGAAAAGAAUAAGAUUCCGACACCCAAGAACUUGAAGGAUGCAGUGACGAUGACAGUCGAAGGUUUCCCGGUGACCAUGACGAAGGUUGCAGCACUGCAGGCUGAUCUGAAACUGGUGUAUGUUGAUGUCGAGGUCCAGGCGGUUGUGGAGGUCUGCAGCAGGUCCACACUCACGAGCCCAGUCCACAACGUUCAACCUUGUCAGCUGAACCAUGAGAUUGACCUCAACUAUAAAGCUGGCCUGCACAAUGAGCUCAACCUUGACAGCAAUUCGGACUCUGAUUGGUUGCCGACUGUAGCCUUACCGGACCCCAAACUAACAGAAGCCAAGCCUAGAUUUCUAGGUCCACCCCCUUACAAGUCUCCCAAUAGUCAGAAACCGCUUCAACACAUCUGUCAAAUAGAGAUUGAGCUUCAUAGCAAGUUUCCGCAACCUCUCGGUUCGGUCCCCACCCAAGUAACCUCUGGGGACUCCUUGAAGCCACUCAAAUCUGGGGGAACAGCAGGGGUGGUUGGAGAAAAGGAGGAGAGUGGUGCACCUCAGGAGAUCGUCUGGGAUGAGCAGGGAAUGACGUGGGAAGUCUAUGGAGCGUCGCUGGAUAUGGAGUCCCUGGGAUUUGCCAUCCAGAACCACCUGCAGUGUAAGAUCCGUGAACAUGAGCGUCGCAUCGGCACGCUCCGGAAGUCUAUAUGCCUCUCCGAACAAUCGCCCGGAAAGGGCAGGAUAGGAAAGAAGAAGAGGAAUGUCUUUAGGUCGCUGUUUGGUGGAUCUAAGUGCUGCUCAAAACCAAGACCCAAAGAGGAAGCAGAAAAGUGAUUCAUUGUUAUGUAAAUGUAUUUUGUAGAUGU